AUGACGUUGCCGCUCCGAGUCAAGCCUCGCCUUCGCCUCGACCCGGGUGCAUUGCCACUGCCAUCGAGCUUCGUGCAGGCCACAGGGCUCGACAGUCAUCCUCAAUCUUUGCAUUCACACGUAUCCAGCUUCCGCUCAUUACUUCUGGAUAUGCAACUAUAUAGCCCCUCUAUUAAAAUGGUCAAGCAGGUCGGGCUUGGUGGCAUGAUCUCUUGCCCAGUCUUCGGAGAUCAUGACAAGGUCGAAGGCAAAGUUAUCCUAGACCCCAACUGCUCACAAAACGGCCGGCUAACUAUAUCAAUCGAAGGCGUGUUUGAAUAUGUCUCUGUGAAGGAGAAUCUAGACGAUGAAUCUGUCCAGGGACCUCAAACUUCGAAGCACCGGCACAUUUUCUUAUCGUCCUCUGCCAUUAUUCCUAUUUCACCUGUCCCUGACCCGUAUUCUGUCGUUUGCGACGUUUUUGGGGUAUCACAACUAGCCAGUGACUCGAAUUUGACUAGCCCUGCGUCCAGAUCAUGCGAGUUCAGCUUCGAAAUUCCUCGCGGCAGUCGUCCAGGCGAAGAGAUGCCGCCCACCUUCUGUGCCUCAAUGCCAAGCGAUAACAAGCGAGGAUGCCUGUCUUUUGGGGAGAAAGCUGAAGUGUCUUAUCGCGUUACCGCAGUGUGGGAGCCCUCAGAUACGUCGGAAACCAGAGGGAUGCUGGAAGUUCCCAUUCUUUUUCAUCCGGACACGGACUUUCAGUCUAUGGACGGUUCCAAUAUCGCGCCCGAACUAUGGCUCGAAAUGCCUCUUAAACCAGAGCGGUGUAUUCCGUUCCAUUGCGCGGUCACAUUGCCGCGCCCGCAAACGUUUUCUCGACGUACCUCUGUUCCAUAUUUUGUUGUAUUCACAACAAAUCCUCGAUGCGCCGUGCUCGCCCGAGAAAUCGCCGCCGAUGCCACCAUCGCUGUUUCCCUAGUUCGUAAAGUUACCAUAAAGCCCCAGCUACCCCCUACUUCCCCUGACACCACACAACUCAGUGAUGAUCCAGAUAGUCCAUCAGGCCCGCCACGGACCAAGCUCCUAAAGCGUGCAGCAAAGACAGUUGCAACUGCAGUAGUUCGCGUACCAAAGACCCCCGAAGAGCCUUUUUCAGCUGCCGUCCGGUACAAACCACUUCCUGAUUUACCACAAGUUUCCUUCUCGGAAACUCAUACUAUCAAAACACAAGUAUCCGUUGGAUUUCCAAAGCGGCCCCGGCAUCCUAAUGACUCUGGUGGUUCUGAAUGCCAAGCGUAUCUGCCUGAUGGUCUUUACAAGGGCAAAUUUCGGUUGUCAAAGGAUAUAAUACCAGGUGUCGAUUGGCCUGGUGUUAGCGUUAAGUAUUAUUUGGACGUCACCGUUCUCUUUCGGCAGGACGCGCUAAGGGCUUGCGUUCCCAUUCGAGUGUUUUAA